AUGGGCAUGUCGACCAAACGCAUGAAUGUCACAAGCAGUAUCACGAGUCAUAUGCCUAAAGCUAUGAAUGUCACGGGCAGUAUCAUGAGUCAUAUGCCUAAAGCUAUGAACGUCACGGGCAGUAUCAUGAGUCAUAUGCCUAAAGCUAUGAAGGUCACGGGCAGUAUCGCAACGAAGAAAAACAAGAGGAAUGAACACUUACUUGGAAGAAAAGAGAUACGUACGAUGGCGGUGGAAGUAAUCAGCGGCGGAUGGUGCGGUAAUCUCACGGCGUUGCAGGAAAUGGCGGCGGCGGAAUCAGAGAAAGAGGGAGAAGCGCGAAGAGGAAAAACAAAUUAUAGGCCCAAGGGUCUUAUUUAUAGGGAUGACGUGGAAUACGAAACGUCGCACCGGGGAGCAGCGAACUUCCCCGUCCUCGACAUCUACUCCCAUAGGUAA